CAUGGAGGAAAAAAUGAGCAAGCAUGAAGCCGAAGAAUGGCGACAACACAUGCUGAAGAAUUUGAGAGCUCAGAUUCGCUUUGUCUCUGACAAGAAAUCUGCAGCUGAGCUCGAGCAAGCCAUCAAAGACUGCCCGUUCGCGAAAUUGCAAGGCGACCCAACAGGCCUGGUCCUUCUUCACUUCGAUGUCAAAAAGUUUGGCGAGCCGGCCACUCGCCCAGACCUCCGAAUCACCCCUUUACGCGACGGACCUUACACCCGCCUUGUGAGGGCAGUCCUGACCGCUCGCCAACUUGAAGGAUGCCCUGCUACUUUGCAGACAGGGGAUGUGGCUGUCAUCCUGGAUGGAGGCAAGAAGGGAUCCAAACUGAAACUGCUCACGCCCUGGAAAGAGGGAACGCAGAAGGAAGCCAAAAAAGGCAGCAAGCAGGAGGACGAGGAGGAACAGGAUGCUGAGGCUGAACCGGCCGAAGAGGAAGACGAGGACGACCCGCGCUCUUCGACCGGGGACUUGAUUCAGGGCGUGGCUGUUCCGGCCAUCUCUGACGAAUGGAGCAUUCCGUGGCGUGAGAAGAAG